GCAUCUAAAUAAUAAAUAUUUCAUUUGUACCGAAUAUUGAAAAAUUGUACAUGCAUCCCUCUACCUACGAGCUAUGUGCCACCAAUAAUAAGUGUUUUUUAUUUGAUUUAUUAUUAUUAUUAUUAUUAUGUUAUGUAGAGAAUGCGGACGACCUGGAGCUCCAACUAAUCAAUUGAUCCAUGCACCUCUCCAUGUGCAACACACCUCCCACCGACCCAGCACCUCAUCCACCCCACCAAAAACCCCUCCGACUUCUCCAGACCACAACCAAAUCAUUCAUCCACACACACAAUCCACAAUCAAUCAAUCAAUCAAUCAAUCAAACCAACAAUCAAACCCUCACCCAAACCACGCAUCCCAACCCCAAAAAUGGACACCUCCCUCAAAGGACCCGGCGAAGCCCAAAAACACGACGGCAGCGGCCUCCGCAUCGGAAUCGUCCACGCGCGCUGGAACACCUCCAUAAUCGAGCCGCUCCUCGCCGGAACGAAAAAGACGCUCUUGGCCAGCGGCGUCAAGGAAGCUAACAUUGUCGUGCAAUCCGUGCCCGGGAGUUGGGAAUUGCCAAUUGCGUGUUCCAAACUCUACUCCGCCUCCCAAAUCCAAUCCACGCAAAGCUCCUCCCUCUCCGCCGGCGACCUCCUCGGCUCCUCCACUACCGACCUCACCUCCCUACCCACGCAAUCCCAAACCGCCGCUUCCACCGCUCCCUUCGAUGCCAUCAUCGCCAUCGGCUGCCUCAUCAAGGGCGAAACCAUGCAUUUCGAAUACAUAGCCGAGAGCGUCUCGCAAGGUCUCAUGCGCAUCCAAUUAGAUGCCGGCGUUCCUCUCAUCUUUGGACUCUUGACGGUUCUUACGGAGGAUCAAGCGCUCAUGAGAGCGGGCGUGGGGACAACCUCUAAGGGGAAGGGCCAUAAUCAUGGAGAGGAUUGGGCUGCUGCCGCUGUGGAAUUGGGUGUUAAGAAGAGGGAGUGGGCUGCCGGAAAGAUCGCAUGAGGAGUGUAAUGUUGUUAUCCAUAGUUUGGUUUGAGUGAAGGAAAGAGUAUGGAUUAUGGACGAUUGGAUGAUUGGAGCACUUGAUGUGACGUUUUGCUUCUAGAUUUGAUUCACCAAGGGCUGCAUAUGUUUGCACUGAAAAAUGAAUGGUAAAAAAAGUCGUUGAUUAAUAGGCGGUAUGAGUUCGAUCAUUAAAACAAAAAGAAAGAUCCAAAAAGAAAGAACCCGCCCAAAUCUGAAGAAAAUUAUAUUACUACUAUACA